GGAGGAGGUGGUGGCCGUGGAAGUGGCGGCGGUGGCUAUGGUGGAGGAGGUGGUGGUGCAGCGAGAGGUGGGGGUGGUGGCAGUGGCGGCGGUGGUGGAACCGGCGGUUAUGGUGGAGGUGGUUCCAGUGGCAGCGGAGGUGGCUUCGGUGGAGGAGGCUUCGGUGGCGGUGGUUAUGGUGGAGGCGGUUUCAGUGGAGGCGGUUCCGGUGGAAGCGGGGGAAGUUUUGGCGGAGGAGGCUUCAGUGGAGGUGGUUAUGGUGGAAGCGGAUCCGGUAUUGGUGGUUCCGGAGGUGGCGUCUACGGUGGAGGAGGCUUCGGUGGAGGUGUUAGAGGUGGCAAUAGCGGAGGUGGUGGCAGUGGCUCCGGUGGCGGUGGAUAUCGAGGUUAUGGGAAAUAACUAUAAUAUUAAUAAAUUACAUUAAACCAA